AUGCUGCAUCUCGUUCGAGGUGGCACAGGACUGGACCGAUUUCGCCCUCUCAUCCGCCAUAUCGGUGAAAAUUCUCGGGACGAACUCAUCUGGAUUGAGGUCUUUGACCUAAUCGAUACUUUCAGCGAGCUUACACCGCCUUCUUCCAUAAUCAAACUACAGGAAGCCUUAAAGGCAACGCACGCCAAGUCUAGCUCUAGCCGACGUACGGGUAGCGAAACAGGCUACAUUGACGAUGUAGAACUCUUUGAGGAGAUCAAAGAAUGCACUUUUCGCAAUGUGGGAGGGUUCUGGGACAAAUUCUUUGACUCCAAUGGCUGGUCCGAAGAACACCAAACGAUGUUACAAGCGGUGAUGGCGGAGCACGAUGGGAAGAAGUGGACGGGUUUCCCGUCUGUCUCCGACGAAGAACCUGUCUGGGAUUGGCUUCGCUCUCUGGAAGACCGCUUUCUAGCUGAUGCUCCAUACAAGCUCCGUACCACUACGACCGCCAACCAGUUUAAAGAGCAGAAAGGACAGAUGGAUCUCUUCUUUCAAACACCAGCCGCCGCCGCAAACAGCAUCUUUGAGUACAAAGAUGCCCUUGUCGCUGGACAGCAAAAGAAGUUGUAUGACUCGGGCGAAUUCAAGGCAGAUUUCCUCCAACUUGCGCGCCACGUGCGAGGGCUCUUUAUCGACUAUCCGACUCGUCGAUUCGCCCAUGGAUUCACCCUCUGCGCUUCUACGAUGGAGCUUUGGGUAUUUGAUCGAUCUGGGGCUUACAGCUCAGGGCCAUUCGACAUCCACGACGAGCCGGAUAAGAUUGCGCGCGCUCUUGUCGGGUACAGCACAAUGGAUGACAAUGCGAUGGGCUUGGACACAUUUACUGAACGAAAAGACGACCGUCACUAUGUCACAUUGGAUGGCGGAGAUAGCACCGAAAUGAGGGUUAGACUGGUGCGGCCGAUAGUGAGGCGGAAUGCCAUUGUGUCUCGCGGGACUACAUGCUUUCAGACUCGAAACGGGCAUGUCGCAAAGUUCUCGUGGGUGCCGGAUAAGCGGAAUGCAGAGGUGGAAAAUCUAAAGCUUGCAGAGAGACGGGGUGUUCGGGGGGUGGCAAGAGUGGUUGCGUAUCGCCAAAUCACUACCAUUGCAGAGCUACGAGAGGGACUACAGUUUCCGGAACACCAUCGGUUUCAAACGGAAGACGUCGAAUUUAAUGAUCCGGCGCCUGUAAGUAUACAGACGACACGUCAGAAGCGCGAGUUAGGGUCUGAACAUACUUCUGGCGAUUCACCCAUCUCCAAGAGAUUGCGAUUCGGUAGCGCGAGGUCGAAACUUGUCACGGCAGUUGACAAUCAGCAGUCGGUCGAUCAGACUAAGCUGAGCCUACACACUCCUUGUGAAGACUUGUGGGAGAAUAGGAUAUAUUCCUGUCUUGUUGUCUCACCAGCUGGUCGAGUCAUCAGCAGCUUCAAUACAAUCAAGGAGCUGCUAGAGUCGCUCCGAGACGCAAUCAAGGCACAUCAAUCUCUCUACACGAGGGGCAACAUUCUCCAUCGCGAUAUCUCAUCAAACAAUAUCAUUAUUACGAAGCCUGAGACGGAGGAUGGCUUUAAGGGCAUGCUGAUCGACCUUGAUCUUGCCAGCGUGAGAGACAGUGAUACAAGUGGAGCACAGCAUCGGGUUGGAACGAUGCGGUUUAUGGCAAUAGAGGUGUUGUCGAAAGUUGAUCACACCUACCGCCACGACCUAGAGUCCUUUUUCUAUGUAUUAAUCUGGAUGUGCGCACGUGAAUCAUGGACCAAGGAUUUUACACGCGGGGAGUCACCGCCACAAGGUAGUAGUCUUCACCAAUGGGAAACUGGGAGUUUUACCACAAUCGCGGAUGCCAAGUCAUUUCAUAUGAGCAAAAAUGGCAUGGAUCGGAUUGUACGUGAAUUCCCAGAGGCAAUGGAUAUUGUCAAGCCGCUCUGCAUGAAAAUCAGGAAGAUUCUCUUCCCAAUGGAUAUGGAGGGCGGCGUGAAUUAUGGGACGCCUGCAGGGGACCCUGAUCAAUUGUACGGACCCAUCAUAGAGGCAUAUGAUGGGACCAUUAGUUGCUUAUAG